AUGGCAGACUUCCUCGCCAACCUCUGGGAGUCCGUCUUCACCGCCGGUCCCACCCCAACCCUCCUCGUAGCAACCAACGUAACCUUCGGCGCUCUCCAAAUCCUCCUUGCCGGCCUCCUCUUCGCAACCUACAGCAUCCACUUCGCUAUCCUCUCAGUCCUGUCGGGCGGUCUCUGGUGGAGCACAAACUGGUUCGCGACAGAGUUACAGCAAGCACAAGCAAAAGAGGCCGAAGCAGAGCGUCUACGGCGGAGGCAGAAGCAAGAUGAGGCAGACGAUGAGGGAGAAGAUACCGAGGUGGAGGAUGCGGGGCGUAUGAAGGAGAGCUUUACGUUUGAGCCGACGAAGGGAGACGAGAAGAUACGGAAGGAGAUAUUGGAUGCCAUGGGAGCGGCGCCGGCGACUGGGUCGCAGGCUGUGCCGGGAGGUGUGCAGACUAGGCAGAGGAAAGUGGAGGAGGGAAAUGUCAGUGCGAGUGAGAUAAGUACGGACAGUGAGUGGGAGAAGGUUGAGGGACGGUGA